AUGGCACCCCCCGUCCGACCAUCUCGUUCCCUUGAGGGACUCGAGAGAGUAAUUCCACCACCUUUCUCUGCUUCCGAUCUCUUUCUCAAUAAACCUCUCCCCGCAAAACCCUUCGAACCAGAAUGUUCGGCUAUGUGGAGUGACUCCAGUGAUAGUGAAAGUACACUCAGCACCAGAUCAAGUGAACGCAAUUCAGCAGAUAGUUAUCCCAUCUUCGUCAGUUCUGACUCUGACUUUGAUGAUUUGGUCGAUCAUCCGACUCCUUCGGCCGAUCAAUUUUUGGAAUCCCCUCAAAAACGUACGGACUCUAUCGCUAUCAAUAUCCAAACUGUUGAACCCUCAGUUUCAUCUUCGUUUUCUGAGACACAGUACGAACGUCCAAAUUGGACUCCAAGUCGUACAGGCACAAAUCACUAUUUCCGCGAAAAGAAGUGGGAUUAUUUUCCCGAAUUGGCUCCUUCGGCUCUGCGGGCCAGUGGCCGCAUAAGCCCAAAUAUGACACAGCACAAACCCCGCAAAAUAGGAAACCCACUGGAGUUUGCCAAGGGAAAGUGCCGAUGGCAUUCCCUUGACCGCGGUGGUCUCGGCGGAGUUCGUGACUCGAUUAAGACUUACGUCCACCGCACUCUCUCGCGCGACUCGACAGAUGAUAAGCCGAAAGAAAUUCCCCGCCCAGCAACAGCUCCCAUAGACCGCCAUCUCAAUGAUGUGGGAGGUACACUCUCCAGUACAGCCCCAGCACCAUAUCAAUCUUCCUUGGCCGUCAACACCAACAUCGCUGCGCGAGGUACCUCCGUGGCUACAUCCUCGAGCAGCGAGUAUGACUAUACCAACCACAAAUUCUAUCUUCAAACACCAAUCUCACCAACUUCUCCUACUUCACUCUCAUCCCCCAUAACACCCCGCUCGAAACAACUAGCGGUUCCGCUAUCUGAGUACCAGAAACAUGGCCCUGUGAUCUGGGAAUCGCCCAAAUCCAAGAAGCGAAAUGUUCAGUUCCCGAGAUAUAAGUUUUCGACCGGCUCGACUGGAGGACCGUCUUCAUCUUCGGCUCCUGACUUAUCUCAUACAAACUCCAUGCGCACUUUGUCGCGAAAGCAAUCCCUAAACAAUACCCGAGGGGUGUUUCUAGGUGCGAAGAAAAGGAUUGCCGAGUCAAAGGAUGAUCGCAGAAGGGAGCAGUUGAAGGCUCAAAUCAAGUUCGUUGGGCCUGUCAACCCGCAUACUUGCACACAGGUCAAUCUAUGGGUCUGA